AUGUCAGAAGUCACAAAGCUCGUCGCAGCAACAGCUGUAGCUUCUUUCAACAACAGUAAAAUACCACACGAUAAAACAGCUUCAGCUGAAACUAACACUACUAACAGCAGUGAUGAUAGUGAUAGCAAAAGCGUUACAAUCUAUGCGACAGCAGCUAAAGAUGAAACUUAUAUAUCACAGUCAUCAGCACAUUAUCUAUGGCUUCUUACAUCGUUUUCCGCACUUGGGGGGUUUCUGUUUGGAUAUGAUACCGGGGUUAUUGCCGGGGCAAUGCUGUUUAUUAAGGACGAGUUCUUAUUGUCUUCCCUUUGGCAGGAGAUUAUUAUUAGCAUUACUCUUGGUUUUGCCUUCAUAUCAGCUCUGUUAGGGGGAUUUCUUAAUGACAAAUGUGGUCGCAAGGUGGUUACCUUAAUAGCAAGUUUCAUGUUCACUGUGGGAGCAAUUAUUCUUGGUGUUGCUAAAAAUGUAGCAAUGUUAUUGUCUGGCCGAUUGAUCCUUGGUAUUGGAAUAGGUUUGGCUUCCAUGACAGUCCCUAUGUACAUUGCAGAGAGUGCACCUGCUAAUGUUCGUGGUCGUUUAGUUACUAUAAACAAUUUUUAUAACAGGGGGUCAGUUUGCUGCAAAUACAUGCUCGGGCUUGCUGGUGUCCCAUCUGCUAUUCAGUUCUGUGGGUUUUUCUUUUUACCUGAGAGCCCUCGCUGGUUGAUGAAGAAGGGUAGAGAGACAGAAGCCAAAGCUGUUUUGAAAAAAUUACGUGGCCACCACCAUGUUGACAAUGAGUUAACGGAAAUAAGAAAUGCCAUCAGUGCAGAGCUUGGAAACAAAGAUGAGAAUACAUUCAUGCGAAUACUGCAGACCCCAUCAGUGAGGCGGGCAGUUAUUCUUGGAUGUGGACUUCAACUGUUUCAGCAACUGAGUGGUAUAAAUACAGUUAUGUAUUACAGUGCAACCAUAAUAAAAAUGUCUGGAAUUGAGGAUAAAAGCACUGCUGUCUGGUUGGCUGCACUUACAGCUGGAAUUAACUUUAUUUUCACCAUAGUUGGUGUGUUGCUGGUUGAAAGAAUUGGCAGGAGAAAGCUAAUUAUUGGUAGUUUAAUAGGUGUUACAGCAAGCUUAUUUGUUCUUGGCCUCAGUUUUCAGUUGAUGGCUGCCAGUUCUCCAGCUGUCACCUAUGUUGAUCAUGACUAUCUUAACACCACAUGCUCAGUCUACAGAAACUGUGAAGAGUGUACAGAGAACACUCAGUGUGGAUUCUGUUACACAGAAAAUAAUGGUUCACUUGAUGGAGCAUGCUUGACUGUAGAUCAUAGGGACAAUACUCAUGCUGCCUAUGGAAAAUGCCAGGAUAUGUCGUUGUCUUCAGACAACAGGUGGUCAUAUGAUUACUGUCCUAGUUCAUAUUCCUGGAUGGCACUUUUGGGACUUGUUUUGUAUUUGAUAUUUUUUGCACCUGGAAUGGGACCUAUGCCCUGGACAAUCAAUUCUGAGAUAUAUCCUAUCUGGGCAAGAUCAACAGGAAACUCUCUAUCUGCUGCAACCAACUGGAUCUCCAAUUUGAUUGUGUCCAUGACUUUCCUUACACUCACUGAGACUAUAACUAAACAUGGAACUUACUGGAUGUUUGGAGGAUUUGCAGUUCUGGGAUUAAUUUUCAUUGCAGUUUGCCUACCAGAAACUAAAGGUCAUAAAUUAGAAGAGAUGGAGCAUUUGUUUUCUCAGCCAUUGUGUCACAUCUGUCCAUUUAAUGCUAAAUAUACAAAAUAUACCUCUUUGGAGUCUGAGACGUUGCCUUAG